AUGUCUGGGCAUGGGUCGUCGGGCAAGCACCCCUUCUACCGCGGCAUCCGGAGCCGGUGCGGGAAGUGGGUCUCGGAGAUCCGGGAGCCGCGGAAGGCCCGCCGCAUCUGGCUCGGUACCUUCCCGACGGCCGAGAUGGCCGCCGUGGCCUACGACGUGGCCGCCCAGGCGCUGCGCGGGCCCGACGCGGCGCUCAACUUCCCCGCCUUGGCCGCCACGCGCCGCGCCCCGGCGUCCGCCUCCGCGGACGACAUCCGCGCGGCGGCGGCCGCCGCAGCCGUCUCCGUCCAGCACGAUCGCGCCGGCGGCGGCAUUGCCCCCGCGGCUGCUGGAUCCGCACUGCAGCUGCAGCAGCAGCUGAGCGGGGGCAGUGCCGCCGCUGCCUCGGCGAGCGGCGCGGCCCAGCAGGAUCAAGCCGGCAUUGGGUUCAACCAGUUCUUCCUGGACGAGGAGGCGCUCUUCGAGACGCCGCAGUUCCUGCGCAGCAUGGCCGCCGGGAUGAUGAUGAGCCCCCCAAGGCUCAGCCCCGACUCCUCCGACGAAUCGCCGGACCCUUCCGAGGCCGGGGAGAGCCUCUGGAGCUACCGCGACCCGUAG